UUUAGUCUGUGUUUUGACUGUUGUAAAGAGCUCUUCAGACCAUCACAAGUCCGUACCCAAGGAAGCAGUCAGAUUUCAUAAUUUCGGAUAAAAGUGGGAGAAAAAUGGCAUCGGACUCUCCACGCAGGCCAAGUCGCUGUGCUGGAGGAGUUUUGGUGCGAGCACAGGCUGCAACAGAGCAGUCGUACAUGGAAAGCGUUGUGACCUUCCUGCAGGAUGUAGUCCCCCAGGCGUACACUGGGGCUCCACCCACGGAUGAAAAAGAGAAAAUCAUAUGGGUUCGGUUUGAAAAAGCUGACAUCAACGACACCGCCCGCAACCCGGAGUUUAUGGAGAUGCACAGCGGCACUUCCGACCCUCCUCUCUGCCUCAUGCUUGGCUACGCUGAUGGGAUGCAGAUCUGGAGCAUAUCUCUGGCAGGAGAAGCCCAGGAGCUGUUUUCCGUACGUCAUGGGCCCGUCCGAACCGCUCGCAUUCUGCCAGCUCCUCAUAUCGGUCCUUUAAAGAUGGACAGUUUUGCUGAAAAGAGACCCUUGCUGGGGGUCUGCAAGAGCGCUGGGUCGUCUGGGACAAGCCCUCCAUACUGCUGCGCUGACCUGUACUCUUUACGGACGGGGGAAAUGGUUAAAUCCAUUCAGUUCAAAACACCAAUCUAUGAUCUCCACUGCAACAAACACAUUCUGGUGGUGAGCCUGCAAGAGAAAAUAGCAGCAUUUGACAGCUGCACCUUCACCAAGAAAUUCUUUGUUACAAGCUGCUUUCCCUGCCCCGGUCCCUGCCUCAAUCCCAUUGCUCUGGGAAGCCGUUGGCUGGCCUACGCUGAGAACAAGCUGAUAAGAUGUCACCAGUCUCGUGGAGGAGCUUGUGGUGACAACGCACAGUCUUACACGGCUACGGUGAUCAAUGCUGCCAAAACUUUAAAAACCGGCCUAACGAUGGUGGGGAAAGUUGUCACCCAGCUGGCAGGCACUUUGCCAGCAGCCACUCCAGAUGAGGAGGGUACACCUCUCAGCGCGAGCCGUCGCAGCCCCCAUAACCCCGGGGUGGUCACCAUCAUCGACACAAACAGUGUCGGAGAAGGACAGGUCUUGGUGAGUGAGGACUCGGAUGGAGAAGGAGUGGUGGCUCACUUCCCAGCGCAUGACAAACCCAUAUCCUGCAUGCAAUUCAACCCCAGUGGAAUGCUGCUGGUGACUGCAGACACGCUGGGCCACGACUUCCACGUCUUCCAGAUCCUCACCCACCCCUGGGCAUCAUCACAGAGUGCCGUUCACCAUCUUUACACCCUACAUCGUGGAGAGACUGAAGCCAAGGUGCAAGACAUGUGUUUCAGCCAGGACAGUCGCUGGGUAGCCAUCAGCACCCUCCGUGGCACCACCCAUGUGUUUCCCAUCAAUCCUUAUGGUGGUGCACCGUGUGCCCGCACCCAUAUGUCCCCGCGGGUGGUGAACCGGAUGUCUCGCUUCCAGAAGAGCGCUGGCCUGGAGGAGAUCGAGCAGGAGCUGAACAGGGCGGCUGCGUUAGGAGGAGGAGGAACUGGAGUUGUUGGAGGAAGCGGCUGCAUUCUGGGUGGAGGAGGAGGAAUUGGAGGCCGCUGUAGUCCCAUACCUGGCUUGUCCAGCAGCCCCUCAGGGUCUCCGUUGCACGGCAAACUGAGCAACCAGGAUUCAUACAACAACUUCAGCAACAACAACAUGGGGAACCCGCGGCUCAUCCCGCUGCCCAGCCUCACCGUGGUGCUGCCUCUGGUGCAGAUCAAACAGCCCAUGACGCUCGGCACCAUAACCAAGCGCACCGGACCCUACCUCUUUGGGGCGGGAUGUUUUGCCAUUAAAACUCCAUGCAAAGCUAAGCCGCCCCCUCAGAUCUCCCCAAGCAAGUCCAGUGGAGGAGAGUUCUGCGUGGCGGCCAUCUUCACCUCUUCUCAUUCCUGGUUCAUCAUGAACCCCAACAUGAAAAGAGAGAAAGAUCAGUCCAGACAAUCAGUUGUCGACUCACUCUACAUAAUCAGUUGCUACGGUAACUUAGUGGAGCACGUCCUGGAACCUCGGCCAAUCAGCACUGCACAGAAAAUCAGCGAUGACACACCUCUGGAGCUCAGCAGCUCUCCAAGGGCCUGCUGGACUUUAGCCAGGACUCCACAGUGGAACGAGUUGCAGCCACCAUUCAGCUCCAGCCAUCCCCUGGUGCUGGCCUCUGACCUGGUGCAGUACUAUCAGUACCUUCUUGCUGCGAUGCCCCCAGGAAGCCCGUGUCCAAUCACACGUCACGAGUCUUCAGACAGCCUGGCGUCGGACCACAGCGGCCAGGACGAUGAGGAGUGGCUUUCUCAGGUGGAGAUUGUAACCCAUACAGGACCCCAUCGGCGCCUGUGGAUGGGCCCCCAGUUUCAGUUCAAGACCAUCCACCCAUCAGGCCAGACCACAGUCAUCUCUUCCUCAUCGUCAGUGCUUCAGUCCCAGGGCCCCACCGACGUCCAACAGCCCCUCUUGGACUUUGAUACAGACGACCUGGACCUGCACAGCCUCCGAAUCCAGCCGGUGCGUUCGGAGCCAGUCAGCAUGCCGGGCUCAUCGCGGCUGGUGGCUGAUCGCCGAGGGCAGUCCAACAUCAUGGACACCGGAUCAGGGCCAUUUGAUGGACGUGGCGUGACCCUGCUGGAGGUUUGUGGGAGCUGGCCAGAGAGCUUCGGUGUGCCGCGGCACAAUGUUGGGUCAGCAGACGCCAGCGACGAAGGCCUACGAGAGAAACUGGCAGACGCCAUGUCCGAGUCCCCGUCCAGAGAUAUUGUGGGCUCUGCUACAGAGCUGCAGAGGGAGGGCAGCAUCGAGACCCUCAGCAACAGCUCCGGCUCCACCAGUGGCAGCAUCCCACGAAACUUCGAAGGCUACCGCUCCCCUCUGCCCACCAACGAGAGCCAGCCACUCAGCCUCUUUCCCACCAACUUCCAAUAAAUCCCCGCCUCUCCUCUGCCCACAAGCCCACCUGUCCACCCAGCAUCCCACCGGCCUUUCUGCUUCUCCAUCCACUGUUAGUUUUUUUUUUCUGCUGUUGGAUUGUGAAGGCUGGGGGUUUUGUGUAGAUUUAUUUUAAAUUGCUCUUUUUUUAAGCCAAAAUCAUUCCAAAAAAGUGAAAGUCCUUUUGUGUUUGUUGGGGUGGAAACGCUUUUAAAAACUAAUUUUUUAAGUUUAGUUUUAGAUAAAAGAGGAGAGGAACUUCUUCUGUUUUUAUUUCUAACCCUGCUUGCUACCUUGUUGUUGAGCCCAGACCAGCUGUCCUCUCCUCUCUGCAGCUCCCUCGGCCGCCAUCUUUCUUGGCUUGUGUUUGAAGUUUAACGGUGUGCCUAUUGUCUGAAUGAGCCAUAAGAAAGGGAGCGCCGGCGGAGGAAGAAAGAAAUGUUUAUUCCAGCCAGUGAUGUGUAGCAGCUCCUUUUCCCUCCCAGUGCGUGUGCGGCGCUGCUCUCAUGGCCUCACGCUAAAUGUUUUUGAUUGAAUUUGCUUCUUUCAUGCCUUUGAUUUUCAUGUAAUUACAUUUGACAAAAGAUGCAGUAAUGAGAUGACAAUAUUACUACACUGAAAAAGUAAUUUAGAUGUUUACAGAGUAAUUGAGAUAUGUUUCUAAAAUUAUUUAGAUAUAUUCCCUGCUCAGCUUUUCCACAUAGAUUUUAAUUGUGUGCAGUAAAGAUUCUGCUGCCCGUCUGUGUAUUUUGUACAUUAGCAGCAUUUGACCAAAUUCUUUGUUUGUGUGAAGUUCCAGAGACGUGGAUUUUUCCAUACAUGUACUACUUUUGCAGCUUUUACUGUGAGCUGCAAAAUGUUUCAGUUGUUGGAAAAAGAAUCCACUUUCUCCUAAGUGAGAGUGUAGGUCGUGAUGCCACACGUCUGAGUGUUGUUAAACUGUCUGCAUGUCAGGAUGUCCUGCCUCGCUCGCCCUCUGAACAGAAAACAGCAUCAGUCUACUAAUUCAGAGGAACUGCUUGUUGUUGAUGGUAAGAUUAGAUUUAUAAAAUACUGACUUCUUUUCCCAGCGUUCAUGCAGCGUUCAUGCAUUAAUAAAAGUUGAUGAA